GCUCGGUCGGUUGUCAAGAACGCUCGGGCCGGACUGAUCAGGAGGAGGCAGCGGGUUGGAGAUGUCGUGGUGUGAAGGUUCUGGAGGCAAGAUGACUUUGGUCAAGUUGCUCCUCUCCUUAAUGCUGCUACACACACUUUCUGAAGCAUCUAAUCAGCCUCCUCGUUUCCAGAAUUACUUCUUCCAGUCGUACCUGCUUAUCUAUGAGAACACACCAGUGGGUACAUCCAUUACCCAGCUGCAGGCGGUUGAUCCAGACGGUGAGCCGUUGAUUUUCGGUGUGGUCGGGGAAGAGGCCAUGCGGUACUUCGCUGUGCAGGAGACGACUGGGGUAGUGUGGCUGAGACAGCCGCUUGACAGGGAGACCAAGUCAGAGAUGCAGGUGGAGUUCUCAGUCAGUGACAGUCAAGGGGUCGUCAAGGAUACAGUGAACAUUCAGAUCGGAGAUGUAAAUGACAAUGCGCCAUCCUUUUUCAACCAGCCCUAUGCUGUUCAAAUACCAGAGAACACUCCAGUGGGAACGUCCGUGUUCAUGGUGAACGCGACAGACCCGGAUCAGGGCGUGGGCGGCAGUGUGCUCUUCUCCUUCCAGCCUCCCUCUCCGUUCUUCUCCAUUGAUGGGGCCAGGGGAAUCGUUACUGUGACGAGAGCGCUGGACUAUGAGACGACAACCGCCUAUCAGCUCACUGUUAAUGCCACGGACCAGGAUAAGAGGCGUCCGCUCUCGAGUCUGACUAAUUUGGCGAUUACCAUCACUGAUGUUCAAGACAUGGACCCCAUCUUCACCAACCUUCCGUACAGCACUAAUAUAAUGGAGGACGCACCACCAGGUUAUGAAGUCCGUAAGAUCACAGCGAUCGAUCAAGACUUAGGUCGACCACGUGGAAUUGGAUAUACGUUCAUAUCAGGUAACACCAACAGCGUGUUUGCUCUUGACUACAUCAGCGGAUCCCUGAAAGUGAGUGGACAGCUGGACCGGGAAAACCCCUUGUACUCAUCCGGAUUCACCAUCACAGUAAAG